AUGUCCUGGAAGAAAAAGUUGAUCAAAUUCUGCGCCAAUAUCACGUUUCCCUGUUUCGAUAAAUCGACGACUCGUUCACUCUUUAUCUUCAGUGAGACGAACAUCCUAAGAAGAUUUUGCCUCUUUCUAGUUCAUAACAAAUUUUUUGAGUACUUCAUUUUGUUGGCCAUUGUAGCAAAUUGUCUGGUCCUAGCCUUAGAUGAGUACCUCCCCGAUUCAGAUAGAACCGACAUGUCACUGAAAUUGGAAUACGCCAACCCAUACUUUUUGAUAAUCUUCACGGCUGAAGCUGUCCUUAAGAUCAUUGCUCACGGGUUGAUCCUCCACACGGAUUCCUACCUUCGGAGUCUCUGGAACAUUCUAGACUUUAUCAUCGUUACUGCUGGCUUAUUGGCCCAAUUGAACAGCUUAUUCAACCAACCAGGUAUAAGGUCACUUAGGGUUCUUAGACCAAUCAAAAUAGUUACAGGGUUUGAAAGCCUGCAGGUGGUCUUGAAAUCCAUCAUCUACGCCAUGAAACCGCUGCUACAGAUUGGCUUCCUCGUCCUCUUUGCCGUUGUCAUCUUCGCCAUAAUCGGCCUGGAGUUCUAUUGCGGAGUUCUCCACAAGAGCUGCUAUAAGGACGAAAAAAGAGAAGUCGUUUACGAAGAGAAUGAGGAACCUGUGGCGUGUGCCUUCACCUCUAUUCUAACCAAUCCAAACGCUACAGUUUCAAGCUCCAUAAUUGGGGGCGGUUACACGUGCCCGGUGGGUUACGAAUGUAGAGAAUGGUGGGAAGGACCCUUUUCCGGCUUGUGCAACUUUGAUAACAUCUACGCUUCCAUCCUUACCGUUUUCGUGGUUUUGACCAUGGCUGGAUGGACUCUCAACAUGUAUUACUUGGACGAUGCUGUGGGUCGCUUGUUUAAUUGGUUGUACUUUGUUCCCAUCAUCAUCUUCGGCGCCUUGUUCAUGCUCAACCUCGUGCUUGGUGUUCUUAGCUGUGAAUUUGCCAAUGAGAGGCAGAGGGUAGAGAACAGAAAGGAUUUUCUGAAGUUGAAGAAGCAGAAAGUGCUUGACGAGAUUCUCGAGAAUUACAUGGAUUGGAUUUGUAGGGCCGAGGAAAUGAUUUUGAACGAAGGAUCAACAACAAGCGAAGAGAGGUUAAGAAUACUGGAAGCGCGUCGUACUUCAACGUUUGUGAGACUUAAGGGAGCAGAUGACCGAAAGAUAAUGACGAAAGAAGAGGAAGAUAAAAUUAGAGCAACCAGGGCGACAAACUGUUUUCAAAAAGUAUGGAGGAAACAAAGACUUUUCAGAUUGAAGAUUAAGAAGGUUAUAAAAAGCCAGGCUUUCUAUUGGCUGGUGAUUGGGCUAGUGUUUGUAAACACCGCCCUCAUAUCCGCUGAACAUCACCACGAACCAGCAUGGCUGAACGACUUGCUUACUUAUUCCGAAUAUGUCUUCCUGGCCACAUUCCUAUUCGAGAUGUUUCUGAAGAUGUAUGCGCUUGGCUUGAGGACUUAUUUCGCCUCUAUGUUCAACAAAUUUGACUUUUUUGUUUUGAUCGCGUCGACCAUAGAAGUCGUCUUGCAGAUGAUUUAUGAAAAUUUGUCGUUCGGCUUUUCCAGCUUGAGAGCCACCAGACUUUUGAGAAUAUUCAAAAUUACCAGAUACUGGCGAGCCUUGAGGAAUCUCAGUCUGUCACUGAUCAACAGCAUCAAGAGCAUCAUGUCCCUUCUCUUUCUCCUCUUUCUCUUCAUGGUCAUUUUCGCUCUUCUUGGCAUGCAAUAUUUUGGUGGGAGAUUCAACUUUGACGAGGGUAGACCCAAAGCAAAUUUUGACACAUUCUCAAGCGCUCUGCUUACCGUCUUUCAAAUCCUAACGGGGGAAGAUUGGAACAAGGUGAUGUACAACGGUAUGAGGUGCCAGGGUGGUUUCAAGACCUCAGGUGUACUGGCCAGUCUGUACUUUCUUGUCCUUAUGAUUCUCGGCAGCUACACAUUAUUAAACGUUUUUCUCGCCAUCGCUGUAGACAACUUGGCUAAAGCGGACGAACUGACCUCCAUGGAGAACGCUGAAGAACAAGGAGAGAAUCAUGAUGACGAAGAGGAAGAUAAUGAUAGAAGGGAGAGUGUUGUUAUUGUGAGCAUACCUCCCAAUGUAGAAAUCUCCAGUAGACACGGCAGUAGGGCGAGUGGCGCCAAGGAGGGGAGCAGAGUGGAAGAGGAGGAAGAUGAGGAGGACAUCUAUGCUGUCAAACCCAUCCUUCCAUAUACCUCUCUCUUCAUCUUUUCUUCAACAAACCCAAUCAGAAAGUUUGCCCACUUUUUUGCCACCAUGAAGUACUUCGACUACUUCAUCAUGGUGAUUAUCCUGUUUAGCUGCAUCCAGCUUGCCAUGGAGGACCCCGUGAGCUACAAGUCCCACUUCAACGACAUCCUCUACGUCAUCGACUACUCCUUCACUGCCAUCUUCACUGUUGAGGCCUCUCUGAAGAUUCUUGACAAGGGGUUGGUCUUGCACAAAGGGGCCUACUGUAGAGACAUGUGGAACAUUCUCGAUCUCUUCAUCGUCGUUUGUGCCAUAUCAGAUAUCGCCUUUGCUGACUCGAACGUAAACCUAGGAACUAUCAAAUCUCUGCGUGUGCUCCGUGUUCUUCGACCUCUGAAAACUAUAAAUAGAAUUGCCAAGUUGAAGGCCGUGUUUAAUGGAUUGGUGAUGGCAGUGAGAAAGGUGUUUGUAAUAAUGGUUCUCUACGUCCUCUUCCAAAUCAUCUUUGCCAUCAUUGCUGUCCAGUUGUUCAUGGGCAGGUUCUAUCGGUGCAGUGACCUUUCAAAGUUAACUGCCGAGGAAUGCAAUGGGGAAUAUUUGGUCUUCGAAGACUCUGGCGUGAAAGCAAAUACACGUGAAUGGACCCACUAUGAUUUGUACUUCGACAACAUCGGUGCAUCGCUCCUGACGUUGUUCGUCGUCCAGACCAGAUCCGGCUGGCCUGAAAUCCUGGAGCAUGCCAUGGACAGCUCCCUUCCGGAUCAUGGUCCAGUUCCGGAGAACAAUAACAUCAUGGCCAUCUUCUUCAUCAUCUACUUCCUCGUCUUCCCGUUCUUUUUCGUCAAUCUCUUCGUCGCUCUGAUCGUCAUCACUUUCCAAGCUCAGGGUGAGAAAGAUCUGGAGGAGAUGAAUCUCGAUAAAAAUCAAAAAAAUUGUUUGGAGUUUGUUGUCAACAGUAAACCAAUUGACUGUUACAUGCCAAACGUAAGCCGGAAAGUGAGACUAGCGGCUUGGAAGUUUGUCAUGUCAAAACCAUUUGACUUCAUCAUGUCGGCACUCAUCUGCCUCAACACCGUCACACUCAUGAUGAAGUUCUACAACCAGCCGGCAUGGUACGACAACGUGUUAAGUUACCUGAACAUCUUUUUUACUUGCGCGUUCACCAUCGAGUUUCUCAUCAAGUUGUUUGCCUACGGCUUCAAGAACUACUUCAUACAAGCCUGGAACGUGUUUGACUUCAUAACAGUGAUUGGAAGUAUCAUCGAUAUAUCCGUCUAUUAUACCGAAGGCAACUUGAAAACGUUGGGCUUCUUGAAACUCUUCAGAGCAGCACGCCUCGUGAAGUUGCUGAAGCAGAGCACUUCAAUCAGGAUGCUACUCUGGACCUUCCUGCAGGCUAUCAAGGCUCUGCCAUACGUCUUGCUGCUGAUUGGCCUGUUGUUUUUCGUGUACGCAGUUAUAGGAAUGCAGAUCCUUGGAACGAUCAAACUCGAUGUAGAUUCUGAAAUCAGUAGACAUGCAAACUUCCAGAACUUUCCGAACGCGCUCCUGCUUCUCUUUAGAUGUUCAACCUUAGAUAAUUGGGACAACAUCUUGUCCUCGACGACGAGCGGGCAGCCGUGUGAACCCACUUCCCUGGAACCAGGGGCUGACCCUGACACCAAUAAAUGUGGCACAGAUUUCGCCAUCUUAUACUUUGUCUCGUUUAAUUUUCUCACUGCUUUUAUGAUGUUAAACUUGUUCAUAGCGGUCAUCAUGGACAACUUCGACUACCUGACAAGGGACAGUUCAAUUCUCGGUCCACACCACCUUGAUGAGUAUCUACAUAGAUGGGCGGUAUAUGACCCCACGGCAUCCUCCUACAUCUCAUACUCGGAUGCUUACAAACUUUUGAAAGAGUUGGAACCUCCAGUUGGGUUUGGGAAAAAAUGUCCCUGGAAACUUGCUUACAGGAAACUCAUUCGGAUGAACAUGCCCAUCAAUGAAUUCGGCAAAGUUCACUUCAAGACCACCAUGUUUGCCCUGGUCAGGGAGUCACUCGGAAUCAAAAUGGGAGAUGCUGAGGUGAUGGACCAAUUGGAUUGGGAGUUACGCAACAUUUUGCUGGAUCUCUUUGAUCUCAAACCUGCCGACCUUGACAUACUUCUGCCUCCUAUUGAAGAGUACGUUGGCAAGAAGGUGUCGGUCGGAAAAGUGUACGCCUCAAUGCUGCUGGUGGAUGCGUGGAAGCAGUUCAAGUUGUCUUUCAAUCCCAACCUGGAACCCAUCGUAAGCGAAGCCAUCAUCAUUAUCAUUAUCAUUAUUAUUAUCAUCAUCAUUAUCAUUAUCAUCGUCAUUAUUAUUAUUAUUAUUAUUAUUAUUAUUAUUAUUAUUAUUAUUAUUAUUAUUAUUGUUAUUGUUAUUAUUAUUAUCAUUAUUAUUAGUAGCAGUAGAAGUAGUAUUAGUAGUAGUUUUAGUAGUAGCUGUUGUUGUAGUAGUAGCAGUAGAAGUAGUAUUAGUAGUAGUUUUAGAAGUAGUAGUAGAAGUAGUAUUAGUAGUAGUUUUAGUAGUAGUAGUAGUAGUAGUCGUGGAUGUAGUAGUAGUAGAAGUGUUCAUUGA